CAAGAGGACCUCAGACCUCAAAGACAGAAAUAAAAGUAACAGUCUGUCACCAGUGAGACUUGUAAUCAUCUAGAAAAAGAAAUAAGAUUCAUCAUGUCUUUCAUCGUCCAUAAUCGGAGGAGCAGCAAAAAGCAAUUUCAAGUGGAUCCUCUACUUAUGCCCAAGGUUCCUCGUAUCAAUUACUUGCACAUCCAGGAAGAGAAGCACAGGCUACAGCUGAAGAAAUUCCUCCUUCACAGGUUGUUUCUAGUGGGCUACAUACAAGCCAACACAGAGAAAAAGGAAAUUUCUGAAUACUAUGAGCAACUGUUUCAGUCAAUUCUGAAACACCAUUUAGGUGAAGUAGUGACAGGACUCUUCCUUAUAUACCCAAGUUCGUUUCUGCACAUCCUGGAGAGCUCCAAUGGCACACUGUUCCGGAUUCUUCUAGAUUACGUUGCCCAUGAAAAGAGCGAAAGAGAAUUUAUGAUCCAAAACAUGAAAAUCAUCGUUGCUUCUCAUAACAUCCCCACGAGGCUGUUCAUGCAGUGGCACAUCUCUAUCAUCAAAGUCCCGGUUUUGUACCUAGAUGACGACACGCAGUCGCAGUCCGUAGAGGAAGUCACCACAGAUUUCCUCACCUUGACUCACAAACUGGCACUCCAUCUUUACAAGACGGUAAAACUGGGUGGUAAAGGGCCAGGUGACAACCUACACCAACUUGCCCCAGAACUCAUUCUCCCAGAAAAAACUAUCAAGUACUUAUGCAAAGCCACAGAAUUCAUGGACCCAGCAUCAUUCUUAAGCAUGUAUAACAGACCCAUACACAUUACCAUGGAUUCUGAUAUUGUGUGGCCGGCUCCUUCCCGUUUCUAGGAUGGGGAGAGAUGAUUUGGGUCUGUCAAAAGUUUGUUUUUUUUUUACUACUUUAGAAACAAAGGAAAUAUCUAAACUUUAAAAAGAACAACAUUGAAGUUAGCACACACUUAGAAUGCUAAUAUUAGAACUAAACAUAGAAAUAUAUCUGCUUGUUGUGGUAUGAAGCUCAAUACAUUUUUUUAAAAAAGUAAAUGGGUUUAAUAAAUUUGUAAGUUCCAUCAUUUUCAUGGGAUACUUUAAAGCAUAGACAGAAGGAAGUUAGCACCAUUUAAGUAUUUCAGUUCUCAUGCACUCAACAGUUAACAAGCAGUCUGUCAUAUGACAGAAGAAAAAUGUUCGGGAUGGAUCAUUUCUAACAGUUAGAGCCUUAAAAUUCUUGCAACCUAAAGUUAUAAUCAAGCACACUAUAUAAAAGUAAUACAGUCUAACAUAUAGGAAGGUAGGUUACAAUGUAAAUAGCAUAGUAAGAAGAGGUAGGUCUUCCAGAACAUAAGUGAAUAAACUGUCAUAGAAAAUGAAGUCUAACUUCUGAAAACGGCCCUGAAGUACCCAUAUUCUGGCCUAUUUGUUUAGUAAUACUGAACUUAUUAGCAAGCGAAACAACACAAGCGUUUUUUGCGAAACAACUGGAAAGUGCGAUCAAGUGUGAUUACUCGAGCACUCCUCUUUACAGCAGACCGUCAGACCUUAGAAACGGUGCAGAGUUCAUGGGCGGCCUUGUUGUCGCCCACUUGAAGAAACUUGUUCUUAAGUGAUUAUAUGUUAACAACACUAUAAGAGAUGAGCGAUGUGUGUGUGCUGUGGCAGGGUGAAUAUGCUCGCAGAAAGUAUUUUCUAGAAGUGAGGCUUAUGGUUCAAAAUUAAAUAUUAGUGUAUACUUAAAAUUAUGCCACAUGAUAUUAUUUUUAAAAGCCUACUCUAAUGCGUCUAAUCCAACAUGCUCUUCUUGUCUUGUGACCUUCAGAUUCCUUCUAUUCCUUUUUUAUGUGGCAGGCUUUGUGCUUAAAAUUACACAGCCUUUUGUGUCUCUUUUAACCAACAGAGUAUGACAGAAAUGAUGCCGUGCAACUCCAAGGCUAAAUGGAAAUGCCAAGUUCCUUGUUUUGUGCAUUUGAACCUGAGCCCUUAGAACCCAGGCACUAGGCUGUGAAUACUUUAAGCAAUUCCCAGAUGACAUCCUCAGCAAGCAACCAGCUGACAGUAAGGCAGCAAGCGCUAGCGCUGAGUAAGACUUGGUGGUCCCUGAUUCUCUGCUUCUAGGGUUUCAAGCAAGACUUCUUGACACUGUAUGGAAAAGCAAUGGACUCUACCUGGAAAUCGGGCUCAAACUAGAGACCUGAGAUGAUUAUGAAUUAUAACACACAUAUAUACAAAUAACUUUCAUCAGUUACUCUUCAUUACUAGAUGUCUACAAGUAAACUCUCACUAGGCGUCCAAUCAUUGCAGUAGUCUGGAUGCCACGACUGUGGUAAAAUCUGUCCAUCACAUUGCUUACCUUAUGUCAUUUAUCAGUCUAUAUCCUGUCCUAAUAUAAGAAAUACUGAUGCAUUAAACUAAUAAAAAUCACUAACAAUCACAAUCAACUACUAAAGUUAUAGAUAUACCGAAAUGGUAACAUUGCUCAUUUACUUAGUUCACUGAGAAUUUUAAAGAUUCAUAAAAUCAGAAUAUCUGUAUGAAAAUAAAAUUUUCAAUAAAACCACAAACACACAGCUCAAUUAUGCAUUCAUUAUAGUAAACAGACUGUAAUGAAUUUGUUCAAAUGAAUUUACUUGUUAUAGUAGUUACUUAAGAGGAUUCAUUUUCCUAUUCUCAAUGUCAUUUUUUAACUCUCACGUCAAGCAAAUAAAGUUUAUAAUCAAAGUGAG